CACAUUUAAUUGCAAUACUUUGGGUAUCUUUUUUUUUUUUUAAGAUUCGAUAGUUUUGGUAUAGCUCCUAGGCGUUAAGAAAUGAAGCAAUCCAGAUAACACACCAGUUGUGCAAGAAAGACAGUGUUAAUAAACCCAUUUGUGGAAGCAAGGCAGGUCUACACAGCAUGAUGCAAAAUGAAAAAUGUUAGUAAGCUGAUCAAUGUGAAAUGCCAAGCAUUUAAAUAUGUGAAGAUAGAUUUUCCAGAUUGGCUAUCAGCUUUGAUGAAACUAAACAAAGAAUAGCUAACUCUCCACUUAAGGACCUGCUGUAAAGAUAAGAGACUUGGUGUUUGCAAAGAUAAUCUUGGUGUUGGGCAGACCUGAAUGUUCUUAGCAGGUGAGCUGUAUUGGAAGGAAAGGGACAUGUACAAUUACAGAUCACUUCCCAGGGGGAACAUUAAUGUCCUUGCUGUUUUCUUUUCAGUAUUAACUAGGAAGUUUGACUUCUGAGAAUGGUUUUGUCAUUUCAGGAUUACUAUUUUAUGAAUCACAUUGAACAGAGCCAACAUUUUUUUGAGGUUCUAAUUUCAGGUGUUUUUGAAAAAAAAAUUCACAAUUUGGAUGUGAGAAAGGACAUGAGGAGACCAAGGACCUGGGAUUUUGCUGAUCAGAAUGAAACAAAUGUUGAAAGACUUUUCAAAUCUAUUGUUGAUGGUGCUCUGUGACUAUGUUCUUGGAGAAGCUGAAUAUCUCCUCUUGGGGCAGCCGGGCCAUGUAGCGCUAAGCAACAGCACAGUGUCUGUGGAUUUCCAGUAUUUUGAUGGUGCCAAUGGGACACUGAGGAAUGUCUCGGUCCUGCUGUUGGAGGCCAACACCAAUCAGACUGUUACCACCAAAUACCUCUUGACCAACCAGUCCCAGGGGACGCUCGAGUUUGAGUGCUUUUAUUUCAAGGAGGCCGGCGACUACUGGUUCACGAUGACUCUGGAAGCGACAAACAGCAGCACGCCAAGCCCCUGGCGGGAGCAGAGCGCCAUUCUGAAGGUGGAAUGGCCCGUCUUCCACAUUGACCUGAACAGGACAUCCAAGGGCGCAGAAGGCACCUUCCAGGUGGGGCUUUUUACAAGUCAGCCCCUGUGCCCAUUCCCCGUGGACAAGCCUGACAUCUUGGUGGAUGUCAUCUUCACCAACAGCCUGCCAGAGGCGAGGCUGAGUCAGGGACGGCCCCAGGAGAUAAGAGCCAGCAAGAGGGUGGAACUCUCUCAAGGUCAGUGGGUUGAGUUUGGCUGUGCAUCCGUGGGGCCCAGAGCCUUCGUCACCAUAGUGCUGAAGUUGCUCGGCCGAGACUCGGUCAUUACCUCCGCGGGCCCCAUUGACCUGGCCCAGAAAUUCGGAUACAAACUGGUGAUGGCGCCGGAACUCAUGUGUGAGUCCGGGGUGGAGGUGAUGGUGCUGCCCCCGCCAUGCAUCUUCGUCCAAGGGGUGAUUGCCGUCUUCAAGGAAGCCCCCAGACGCCCUGGGGAAAGGACCGUUCGGCUGGCUGAAAACAGCCUGACCUUGGGAGAGAGGCGAACAGUAUUCAACUGCACUUUGUUUGACAUGGGGAGGAAUAAAUACUGCUUUGACUUUGGCGUUUCAAGCAGAAGCCAGUUUUCUGCGAAAGAGGAGGAGUGCAUGCUAAUUCAGAGAAAUAUAGCUUUCCGGCCAUCCAGUCAGUCUCCCCUCCAGCCCCAGGGUCCAGUGAAGUCCAACAACAUCGUGACGGUCACUGGGAUAUCCCUGUGCUUGUUCAUCAUCGUGGCCACCGUCCUCAUCACGCUGUGGCGGAAGUUCGGCCGUGCCCCCAAGUGCAGCACCCCCGCGCGCCACAACUCCCUCCACGGCCCUGGCUGCCGGAAGAACUCGGACGAGGAGAACAUCUGCGAGCUGAGCGAGGCGCGCGGGAGCUUCUCGGACGCUGGCGAUGGGCCGGCGGGGGGCCCGGGGGACCUGGGCAUCCCUCUGACCUACCGGCGGAGUGCGCCGGCGCCCCCCGACGACGAGGCCUCUGGCAGCGAGAGCUUCCAGCCCAAUGCGCAGAAGAUAAUCCCGCCCCUGUUUAGCUACCGCCUCGCCCAGCAGCAGCUGAAGGAGAUGAAGAAGAAAGGCCUGACGGAAACCACCAAGGUGUACCACGUGUCCCAGAGCCCCCUGACCGACACUGCCAUCGACGACGCCGCCGCCGCCGCCGCCGCCGCGCCCCCCGGGGACUCGGAGAGCCCAGAAGAGGCGGCCGCCGGCAAGUUCCGGAUCAAAUCCCCGUUCCUGGAGCCACCUGCGGCCGGGGCCGCGGAAAGGCCCACCUCCAGGCUGGCUGUCGCCGUGUCGCCGGCCAGCUGUGCCGUCAGUCCCAGCCAGACCGUGAUCCGCAAGUCGCAGAUGAGGCACGCGGGCGGCAGGGGGGCGCUGCUGGAGAGGAGCCACCCCAGGAGUUCCCAUUUCCGCAGGACGGCGAGCUUUCACGAGGCCAAGCAGGCCCGGCCGUUCCGGGAGCGGAGCCUGUCCACCCUGACCCCGCGGCAGGCCCCCGCCUGCGGUUCCAGGACGCACACCUGGGACCAGGCGGAAGACCGAUUCCGGCCUCCGAGUCGGGGCGCUGCCCUGUUUCCGGAGAAGCUGGACCAUGGCCAGGGGGCAAGUGGAACCGGUGGUGCGUUAAGCCCUCUCCCUAAAUCCCACACCUUGGGGCAGCACACGAGGAAGCCAGACCUGGGGGAUCGCCAGGCAGGAUUCGUGGCAGGCGGGGAGAGAACGGAGCCUCACCGAGCUCGAAGGGGACCGUCCCCCAGUCACAGGAGCGUCUCAAGGAAGCAGCCGUCCCCCACCGCCCCCAAAGAUAGCUACCAGAGGGUCAGUCCUCUGAGCCCUUCUCAGUGUAGAAAAGACAAGUGUCAGAGCUUCCCCGCCCACCCAGAGUUUGCCUUCUACGACAAUACAUCGUUCGGUCUCACUGAGGCCGAGCAGAGGAUGCUGGACCUCCCGGGAUAUUUUGGGUCAAAUGAAGAAGAUGAAACCACAAGUACGCUGAGUGUGGAGAAGCUGGUCAUCUAGACCGAGAUCAGCCUGAGACUUAACUCAACCAGGGUUCUUUCCCCAGCCCAGGGUAUCAAAUGCUCACGUUGUUCUGUAGAUUUUUGUGUAACUAUUUGUACAGCAAGACAGAAUGUGGGGAGGUGGUAACUCACAUCACUUUAUGCACAUGUGUUUUAAUUCAUAAGGAAGAAGUUAUUUAUCCUGAACUUUCCCCCUUAUUAUCCUAUUUCUGUUGGCUUAUUACUAAUAACUAUGAUAAUAAAAUUUAAACAAGA